GUGACGGCUGUAUCGUCUGCCUCUGCCAAAGAUGGCAGACACAGAUGAUACGGAGCUGCGGAAUGAUACGAGAAACGCAGAACUUCCAACUGAAGAACCAUUAAACAUAAACGAGUACGACGAUAGCAUUCGUGUGCCUUUGAAGACUCCAUGGACAUUUUGGGUUGACAAAACAGAAAGCCGUGGAGUAUCCGCCGCACAGUACAGGGCAAACCUAAACAAAAUUUACACUGUGGACACUGUCCAGGGAUUUUGGCAAGUCUACAACAACAUCCCCGAUGUAGCCGAAUUAAAGCUGCGUUUUACGUAUCAUAUGAUGAGAGGCGAGAGACAACCACUUUGGGAAGACGAAUGCAACAAGCGCGGUGGCACAUGGCGCAUCCGGUGUUCAAAGGCACACUCGCCCGAAGUGUGGAAAGAACUACUACUGGCAGCAAUCGGAGAGCAGUUGGAGGGUGCCAUGAUGCCCGGCGAUGAAGUGUGCGGAGUGUCCGUCUGCGUUCGUGAGAAGGAUGACGUGUUGCAGAUUUGGAACAACGAUGCCACUCUGAGCGAAGGGUCCACCGUUCUUGCUCGUCUCCACCAGCUCCUGCCACAUGUCACUUUUUUGACGGAGUUUUACAAACCUCACCAGUCACGGCAAGCAUUCGAAGGACGCAGAAAGCAUUCACACUAGUCCACACUGCCCCGCUGCAGCAGCAGAUUUUUAAACAAAAAUUUAUUGAGAUACCUUACGCAAAGUUUCCGCAACGCUUAAUUGUUUGUUGCUCCAAAGUACUAGAUACUGGGUACCACACAACCUGGAUACUAGAUGCUAUGGCUUUCCUAUGGAAAUCUUACAUCUUUUGUUUCUGAAUACCGGUGGCGUAUUGUUUUUAUGUUGUCUGUAUAAUAAAUGUUCCAGGGCCUUCU